AUGCCGCUGUACCGGGCCGCCGGCCCGGGCCGCCCCCGCCCACCCCCGACGCCGCGAGCCGCGGGCUGCGCCCAGCCGGGUACUGGAGAGCCCCGGCACGCCGAGUCCCGGCCGAGCGGCCGGACGGCCGGGCGGCAGGGCGUGCGCCGCCAUCUUGCCGUACGGGAGCCGCGGCGGCCGGCUCCCACGUCCCGCAGCCGUGUCGCCGCGCGCCCUCCCCUCGGGGCGGUCCCGCUCGCGGCGCGGCGCGGCGAGGCGAGGGCCGGAGCCUGGCGGCGGCGCGGCGGCCUGAGGCCCGAGAUGGUGAUCUGCUGUGCGGCCGCGAACUGUUCCAACCGGCAGGGCAAGGGGGAGAAGCGCGCCGUCUCCUUCCACAGGUUCCCCCUAAAGGACUCAAAACGUUUGAUCCAGUGGUUAAAAGCUGUUCAGAGGGAUAACUGGACCCCCACUAAGUAUUCUUUCCUCUGUAGUGAACACUUCACCAAAGACAGCUUCUCCAAAAGGCUGGAGGAUCAGCAUCGCCUGCUCAAGCCCACGGCGGUGCCCUCCAUCUUCCACCUGCCCGAGAAGAAGAGGGGCACUGGAGGUCAUGGCCGCACAAGGAGAAAGGUUACCAGAAAGUCCUCAGGGGGCCUGAGGGGACACACAAGCGGGGCAGACGGGAAAGGAGCUACAGGUUCAUCGUCGUCCUCAGGGGAAAACCCAAUGGCUAAGCCAGGGUCCCGAAAGGCAAAGCAAGUUGCACUGCAGGGUGAGACUGCCCCCAGGGCCUCCCAGGAUGCCGCCAGUCAGGAGCGCACGUGGCAGGCCCCGGAAGGAGCUCUAGGCGAUGGUCUGGCCAGCGCAGCAGCGGCAGCGGGCAGUCAGGGAGAGGCAGACACAUCUGCCGUGGAGGCCAGUGGUGAGAGCACCGCCGCCGCCCCUGAUGGUGGCCUGGUGGAUAAGAGUGGCAUUUCCGUGGAUGACUUUACCCCGCCAGGGUCUGGGGCCUGCAAGUUUAUUGGCUCACUGCAUUCUUACAGUUUCUCCUCCAAGCACACUCGAGAGAGGGCGUCUGUGCCCCGAGAGCCUGUUGACCGAAAGAGGAUGAAGAGAGACGUGGAGCCUGGCUGUAGCGGGAGCAGCUUGGGGCCCGACAAGGGCUUGGCCCAGAGCCCCCCGAGCUCAUCACUCACCGCGACGCCUCAGAAGCCCUCCCAGAGCCCCUCUGCCCCCCCGACAGACGUGACCCCGAAGCCAGCGGCAGAGGCCGUCCAGAGCGAGCACAGCGACGCCAGCCCCAUGUCCAUCAACGAGGUCAUCCUGUCAGCAUCAGGCGCCUGCAAGCUCAUCGACUCGCUGCACUCCUACUGCUUCUCCUCCCGACAGAACAAGAGCCAGGUGUGCUGCCUGCGGGAGCAGGUGGAGAAGAAGAACGGCGAGCUGAAGAGCCUGCGCCAGAGAGUCAGCCGCUCCGACAGCCAGGUGCGCAAGCUGCAGGAGAAGCUGGACGAGCUGCGGAGAGUGAGCUUCCCCUACCUGAGCAGCCUGCUGCCCUUCAGCCGCGAGCCUCCCACGAUGAACCCCGUGGUGGAGCCGCUGUCCUGGAUGCUGGGUACCUGGCUGUCAGACCCGCCAGGAGCCGGGACCUUCCCGACGCUGCAGCCUUUCCAAUACCUGGAGGAGGUGUACAUCUCCCACGUGGGCCAGCCUGUGCUGAACUUCUCGUUCAACGCCUUCCACCCGGACACACGCAAACCCAUGCACAGGGAGUGUGGCUUCAUCCGCCUCAAGCCCGAUACCAACAAGGUGGCCUUCGUCAGCGCCCAGAACACAGGCAUCGUGGAGGUGGAAGAGGGCGAGGUGAACGGGCAGGAGCUGUGCAUCACGUCCCACUCCAUUGCCAGGAUCUCCUUCGCCAAGGAGCCCCAUGUGGAGCAGAUCACCCGAAAAUUCAGGCUGAAUUCUGAAGGCAAACUUGAACAGACGGUCUCCAUGGCAACCACUACCCAGCCCAUGACUCAGCAUCUUCACAUCACCUACAAGAAGGUGACCCCGUGACCCUUCGGCUUCUCCGUAGACGCUCACAGCCCGUGCGGGCGUGGCCGCAGGCCUCGUGGGCCCCAGAGUGCUGCCACGGGUUCCUGUAACAGCGUAGAUAAACCAAAUAAAAGGCCUUUAUUUUUAUGACUGAG